GAUGUAGUUUCUCCAUGGCGGGUCCUCAUUGAUUUGAAUAUUUUCCCAUGUUCAAUAAAUAGAUUUGUUCCUGCCCUGCAGAUGCUUUAUAAUUUAUGAACAAAUAAAAUAAAAUAAAAUAAAAUAAAAUAAUUCCUCUUAUCUCUCUCCAUCCCCUCCUCUGUUUAUCUCCUCACCAGCCAAAAACCUACUGCAAGUGCAAUCCAUAAUGAUGAAUAAUUAAAUAAGAAAAUCUGCAUCUCUCUCUCUUUCUCUUUCAAAGAAACACUCAAUUCUCUCCCCAAAUCAAUGUCACCACUUUCUCUUUCCACCUCAACAGCCGCCAUUUCGAUUUGAGAAUCCAGAUCUCUCUCUGUCUUAGGCAAUCAAUCAAGAUCUUGAUAGAUCUCCAUUAUUGAAUUGGAAAAUGGCCGCGUUAUCAGUGCCCAGCAUCUUAAAAGAGAAGAAAUUCCCCUUCGUAUUCGCCUUCUUCUUGCUGCUCAUACUAGUCACCUUUCUACUCAUCUCCAACUCCCAGUCCCCAAUCCCCAUCGCCACCAAUCUCGCCGACCAGCCCGACGCCUUCUCAGCCGUGUCUCCUGACAUCACCGCCGCUCCGCCGCCGGCCAACCUCUCUUCGUCAAGCAACGCGGUCGGUAGCCCCCCUCCUGCGGCGGCGGAGGCCGGGCGUGUUGAUUAUCAGGCUGUGGAGUGGGAGCUGUGCAAGGGAGGGGCUGUGGAUUUCAUACCCUGCUUGGAUAAUUGGAACGCGAUAAAGGAGCUGCAUUCCCGGCGGCAUAAGGAGCAUCGCGAGCGGCAUUGCCCCGACCCGCCGCCGAGGUGCUUGGUUCCUCUCCCCGAAGGUUACAGAGUUCCGGUUCCUUGGCCCAAGAGCAGGGAUAUGAUAUGGUACAACAAUGUUCCCCAUCCCAAACUUGUAGAAUACAAGAAGGAUCAGCGUUGGGUGGUUAAAUCGAGGAACUAUUUUGUUUUUCCUGGUGGCGGUACUCAAUUCAAGAACGGUGUCAAGCAUUACAUUACAUCCAUUGAAAAGAUGUUACCAGCGAUUGAAUUUGGGAAGAAGACGAGGAUAGUUUUAGAUGUUGGCUGCGGUGUAGCUAGCUUUGGUGGUGCUUUGCUGGACAGAGAUGUUGUGACUAUGUCAUUUGCUCCAAAGGAUGAACACGAGGCUCAAAUUCAGUUUGCUCUUGAACGGGGUAUUCCAGCUAUUCUCUCAGUCAUUGGAACACAGAAGCUGACAUUUCCUGAUAAUUCUUACGAUGUAGUCCACUGUGCAAGGUGCCGGGUUCACUGGGAUGGCGACGGUGGAAAACCGUUGUUGGAACUGAACAGAAUUCUUAGGCCUGGAGGGUAUUUUAUAUGGUCGGCCACACCAGUCUAUAAGAAGGAUGAUAGACACAAGAGUAUCUGGCAAUCUAUGGUAGCCCUGACAAAGUCAAUUUGCUGGAGCGAAGUGGCAAAAGUUUCUCCUAGUGGUGCUAAUGAUGUUGGAAUAGUUAUAUACCAAAAGCCCAUUACAUCUUCCUGCUACAAGAGUCGCAAAGAGCAGAAUCCACCUCUUUGUGAUCAGAGUAGGCCCAACAGUUCAUGGUACGCGCCUCUGGACAGUUGCCUAGUGCCACCUACAGGCGAGUCCUACGCAUGGCCUUCACCCUGGCCACAGAGGCUCAAAGAUAAACCUCAAAGCCUCUCUGAGCCAGAUGCUGAAGAAAGCUAUAGAGCGGACACCACUCACUGGUCUGCACUUGUCUCGGAGGUUUAUCUUGGAGGUCUCAGUAUAAAUUGGUCGAAUUUGAGAAAUGUUAUGGAUAUGAACGCACGCCAUGGAGGGUUUGCUGCUGCACUUGUUAAUCUACCUAUAUGGGUAAUGAAUGUUGUACCCAUUCACGAAUCAGAUACUCUACCGGUCAUUUAUGAUCGAGGGCUGAUUGGUGUUUAUCAUGACUGGUGUGAAUCAUUCAAUACAUACCCUCGAACAUAUGAUCUUCUGCACUCGAGUUUCCUCUUUGCAAAUUUGAGUAAGAGGUGCGAUGUAAUUGAAGUAGCUGCAGAGAUGGAUCGUAUAUUGAGACCCGACGGAUACCUGUUAGUUCAAGACACAGUGGAAAUGCUUAACAAGAUCGCCCCCAUUCUGAAAUCCCUUCAUUGGACAGUAAAUUUACAUCAAGAUCAGUUUCUUGUUGGUAAGAAAGGUUUUUGGAGGCCAGGUACAUGAGCUAGACCUUAGCAAUUUUAGUAUGUAUAAUAUUUUCCUCGAGGAGAAAAAUGUUCAUUUCACAUUCGGUACAAAAUAAAAUAUAGGUAUUUUUGGAGUAUACUGUACUGUUGGCUACACGUAUAAUGUCUUGUAUGUUUUAUAGUUACAUAAUUUGAAAGAAAUAAGACCAUUGUGCUCA